CAUAUAUUCCGCCAACAUAACCCCACUCAUGCUUCCUGAUAUGAGAAUGAGAUCAUGGGACAUAACAACUACUCCAAUUUAUAUAUAAGAUCAUAUAGGAUUCAUACAUAGCUAAAAAAGGAUUCAUUCAUUGAAAACUGAAAAGUCUCUCUUGUGUUUGCUUACAUUACAUGUUACAGUGUAACUCUUUCUUUCCUAAAAGAAGCAACAAACAAUGGAAAAUGUGCAAAGUAGCAUGCACUUGGUUCUCUCAACUGAUGCAAAGCCAAGGCUCAAAUGGACUCCUGAACUUCACCAAAGAUUCAUUGAGGCAAUUAAUCAGCUUGGAGGUUCAGAAAAAGCAACACCAAAGAGUCUUAUGAGGGUGAUGGGGAUUCCUGGACUCACUUUAUACCAUCUCAAGAGCCAUUUACAGAAAUAUAGACUUGGGAAAAGCCAACCACAACUUGAAAUCUGUUCUGGCAACAACAAACAUGAAGAUUGCAGAGAAAUGAAGAACAGUGAAGGUCCUUGUAGCAGCAGGGAAGAAAGUAUUGGGACACAGAAUGAGAUGACUGAAAGCAUGCAAAUUGCUGAGUCUCUCCAAAUGCAAAUGGAAGUGCAGAAGAAACUUUAUGAGCAAAUUGAGGUGCAGAGACAUUUGCAGCUUAAGAUUGAAGCACAAGGGAAGUACUUGCAAUCAGUACUACACAAGGCACAAGAAACACUUGCAGGAAUGAUCAACAAUGGCAGCCCGGGAUCUCCUCCGAUUUCGGAACUGACAGAAACAAGAGGAGGGUUCAGUUGGAGCUGUGGGCAGAGGAAACAGAACAGAGGAACCAUGUGUUCACUUGAAAUUGAAAGUUCUUUGACAUCUUCUGAAAGCUCAAUGGAUCAAAGGCCUAAUAGUACUAACACUACUAAUACUGCUUCACUUGAAUUGUUGCCACUCUUUAAAGAAUCUAAGGAACAGGAAGAUGAAUCUAUUAUUGGGAGAAAGAGGAGUUCAAGCUGCUGUGUUGAUCAGCCAUCAAAGAUGAGCAGAUCUGAAUUAGUGUCAGAUAUCAUUGACUUGAAUUCAGAACAAAUAGAUUUAAAUUGCAGUUCAAGCUUCUGGGAACAAUGAGCAUCACAUAUAAAAGAAGAAGAAAAUAUUUGUUUAUAAACUUAUGUAUAUUUUAUAUAAUGAAAAGUAAGAAAGCUAAAAAAAAAAAAAAUUGACUGUAUAUCUAUCUGGUCAUGAAAAAGUUAUAUUAUACAUAUAUGGUCAUAUAUUGUGUGACACAUCUCUUUCACUAUUCCUUCUCUUGUGUUGCUGAUAUUGGGCCAUAGUGUAACAAAUUUCUACUGUGACAACAUGGUACCUUGCUUCUUUAAAAUAAAUUAUAUUAUAUUAUUAUGCUUUUGAGGUUUCUCAAGACCCUACCGGAAUAUCUAUCAGUUGGUGACAUCAAACUAUAGAGCAUGAUUCUGUUGUGACCCUAGUUUUACCAGCAUGAAAAAAUGUACCAGGAGGAGAUUGAUGGGUAGGACACACUUAGUAGUUAUAAUAACUUUUAGGUGUCAAACCUAUGAAAUUUUUAUUUCUUUA